CUCGCCGUCAAGAUCCCAAACGCACAACGGGUCGAUACGAGGCUGGGUCCUUGGAUUCUUGAAGGAGCCAAAAAGCUUAUUCUCUGGAAUUCUUCCUUGCCCUUGCUUGUGACAGCUAAAUCCAUCGUGGUAGAUGCCUCGUGUACCAAACAGGUCGUUCAUAUAGGCUUCAUUCUAUUAAGUCCAUGUCAGACUCUCCGCCUCAGACAGCACCUACAGAGGCAGCCGAGCCCACGGCACCGACAGACACUCCGCAUCCGGUGGUACUCGAGCUUCAUCCAGUUGGGCCGCACGAGCGGCGCUCGUUUGAUAUAACAACCUUGAGCCAGCAGCAAUCUGUGGUUGUAUCUCCUACGACUUCCGAACCUCCUUCGCGCCCUCCAGGAGUCCGUCGUGCAUCUUUAUCUUCAGUGCUAUCUUGGCUACCGAGACUGUCAACUGCCGGUCAAAGUGAGGAGAAUAAUACAAGUGAAGUUUCCGUUCUCAGUCCCGGAACAGACCCUGUUAUUCGAACGCCAAAGUUCGUUUCACCUCAUGAGCCGGAAGGAUAUUUUAAUGGUCAUCCAUUGUCUCCGAGGGACAGCGAGAGCUCUCCAGUCAUUCGAUCCAAUAUUAAUUCCACCCAUCCCAAGAAGCGCGUUAGCGUGACUGGAAUCCUUGGUAAAGGACGAAAUGAGAUCACUUCUCCGAUGAAGGAAGAUGCUCGAUCGGCAAAUCAGCGAAAGCAGGAAUGGAGUAAAGGGAUUCAUCCGGACCACCUGAAUGUGGGGUCGAAUGUUGAUACGGCUUUCAUGCGAUCUCUGGAAGCCUGCCAAAAACUGUUUCUCGACCUUUUAUCAAGUAGCAGCGAUGUCUCCAAAUGCUCACCUGUUUCUGCGGAGCUUGAUCAUCCUGAUCCACUUAUUAUCAUAGAAAAAGUUGGCGAGAUUGUCCGAAAGCAUUGCGUACUUUCUUCAGCGGGUGAUGCGGAUAUGUCACAGCAAAUAUCCCAGCCUUUCUACGCAAAAAUGCUUGUAAGGCAGGUAGCUGCAAUCAUCUCAGUCCCCGGGCUAGUACCGGUCCACAAACGUGUAGCCCUGGAAAAGGAGAUCGAAUCUACUGUAAUCGGUUGGAUCCAAACCGCCCUCAAUUUGAGCUCUACCGGUUACGUUCAGUUUACAGACCCAAACGCGGAUGGCUUUUCUAGCGUAGCGUCCGCUAUCCGAAAUGCACUGUUGCGUUGCAUACAUCGCAACGGCAAAGAGAAUUGGCUCAAAACACCAGAAUUAAUCGGCGCUAAUCUCCCCGUACGUGUAAUUUAUCACGCGGAUGACAUUAAUGCGAAAGCGUUCGAAGUGCAUUUACUCCGCUCUUGGCCUGCAUUGGGCACCGUACUUGGAUUUUCCAAAGCUCGUCUGCGGAGGGUUCCAAGUGUGCAAGAUGGGGAAACUAUUGACCUCAUAGCACUAGAUAGAAUGGUGGAUGAGGACAUCCAGGAAGGGAAGAAACCCUGUAUGGUCAUUGCACGAGCAGGAACACCGGUGACUGGGCAAUUUGACAGUUUGAUGGGAUUGAGAGCAAUUUGCGAUAAAUGCAAUAUGUGGCUGCAUGUGGACGGCAUGGGUCUCGCAUUCUUAGUUGCUACGAACGUUAAGACGGACGAGAGCCAAAAGACUACUCUUGCACAUCUCGAAUUUGCCAAGAAAGCAGAUUCAUUUGUGAUCGAUUUUGAAGGCUGGUUUGGCAUUAGCGGCCUGCCACCACUGACGCUCUUUCGCGCAAAUCGGGCCAAUGAAGUAUUAGCUGAAAAUGACGGCGCGCUCUUCCGCACUCUGGAUGAAACCGAGCAGAAAAUCAAGCAUACUGCUCAACCACUGCGCAGUAGUAUGGUGAACGGGAGGUUAAUUCUGGAGUACGUGCCGCCAGCGGCAUCUCGUCCAACAGAGCGAAAGGGAAGGGAGACUUCGGAAAUGCCAACCCCGAUCGGAUUCACAUUACCGUUCUGGAUAAUAAUGAAGACGAUUGAUGAGGGACGGUUGCAAAGGCAUGUCCUAAAGGGCCAGGAGCUGGCGCGAGUAUUUUUCAACAGAGUAACCGCCCUGCCGUUCUUACGAGGGCAUUCCCAAGCCGAAGCGCCUCUUCAUGUAGUACUCGUACGGUUUGACGCUAGGGCUGCUCGGCAAACUGCCCAGGACUCGCUAGCGGAUCAGCAAAACCCGCCCAUCUUUGACGACCUCGCGGAAAGCCAACUGGGAACCAAAUAUAUCUACGCUCACUUGCAGGAUGAGUUGAGAUCUGAUCUUGACAUAGACCUAGUCUCUGUUGCCGGUAUACUAUACAUUCGUUAUCGGCCCUUCUCAUCUGCCUCGGCAUUCGAAAUACAAACCCGCAUUAUGCCACAUGCGGCAGGAAAUAUUGUGCGAGACGCUGAAAGAAUAUUCUCAGCUAUUGCUUUUCGAAAAGCUUUUCGUGACACCGUGGAAAAGAGGCGAGAGUUGAUAUUUGUGGAUGAAGCGUCGCUGGCCCCUCAAGUGAACGAGAACGGCGAAACAGAACCAGGGGACGAUCUGUGGUUCGGCUUGGGUGCAGUUCGAUACACUCCACUCUAUAUUGACGUGACCGCAGACUCCGUCGCCCCCGAAGUCAUCAACAACCUGGAUGGGCUUAAUGUGCAGAUGGCGGACCAACUAUCCGAGCUGCGUCCUGCAGAUAAGUCUCUUUUUCAGAGCUGUAGGGCCGCCAAAGGCACGCUUCCCACUGCACUACGAGAUGGUGCUGGCUCCUGCGUGCGAAUCGGCUUGGCGUCUCAACCAUUCACUUUGGAGAGCAUUCGAGAACUCGUCAAUGAUAUUACUAAAACAGGCAUGAAGUUGGAGCGAAAUAGUGACUUUGUUGCUCGAAUAGCUGACGUGAUACGUAAAGGAAUAGAGGAGGCUGAGAGGCAACUACAGAAUGAGUCAGCCGAAGAGCAACCUAGCAUAUUGCGCAUGUUACCAAUUGUGGGAUCAGUUCUGAGUUGGUGGCGACCAGAAAUGCCGAAAAAUCGCGUCCCUGUGGCGAAGACCUUCUCGAUUGCUACAGGCUUUACAACUAUCCCCUUGGGUCCAAACAGCCCACGAGGUUCAAUAAGUCUACCUUCCAGACAAAACUCGGUCAUACAUGAUGCUUCGCGUCGCAGCAGCGAAGUCGACAGACCUGUGUCACAGUUGUCCUCAGUAUUCAACGAUGGGAAGGACGAUUUUGAGAAAAUCUCGCCGGUUGAGGAAGAAGCACAAGGGACUGUUGGGGGGACUGAGACGCAGGAAGAGACUCCGGCGGAGGAAAACGACAAGCAUGACGAUCUUCAUAGUCCUGCAGCAGAGGAGAAAGAGCACGUAAACAAUCCUGUACCAGAUAGUUCUGACCUGGCGAAUCCGAAACAUGAUCAAAAGUUGGACAGAGAUUCAUAUGGUGAGGCAAACCAGGAACCUUCAGAAUCACAACCGGUGGUUGAGGAGAUCGAAAACGCUGUGCGACGGCUGAUCGGCGAGCAUGAAGGCCAACCCGAUCACUUCAAUCUCGACCAAAUACGAGCGAGCCUUGACACGCAAUUUGGUCGGGAGUUGACGGACGACGCUGUGAGCUCAGCCAUAAAUAAGAUACUGGACGAGCGCGGGGUUACGGGCCCAACGGAUGGGCAAAUCGAGGCGGGGGUGCGUGAAAUUCUGCAAGAAUAUCGAAAUCGGCUUGGAGAACUGAACAACCGGAAAGUUCGAAUGAUAUUGCAGGACCGAUUUCGUCGAGAUUUGAGAGAUAGGACUGGAUUUAUUAGGGAAGUUAUUGAUAAGGUUUUGGAGGAACGUGGAUAGAUGUUUCUUUUGGAUUCGACGCUGAAUUGUACCUAGGGUGCAGCUUGCCAGAUAAUUGUAUUUGAAAUAAUGACGUCUUAUGUUUGUGCCCAGUAGCG